GGGUCGAAUCCGAGGUCUAGCCGCCGGUCUACACCACAACCAUAUCUACACCACAGUCAUAGCAACCACAGAUUCCAGCCCGGUCUGCGACUUGACUUACACCACAGCUCAGGGGCAGCGCGGGAUCCUUAACCCACUUGAGUGAGGCCAGGGAUGGAACCCGCAUCCUCAUGGAUGCUAGUUGGGUUCGUGACCGCUGAGCCACGACGGGAACUGCCCGGUCCUCUUCGACUCCAGUUCUGUGUUUCUUUCUUGUGACCCUGCAUGUGUGUUCUUCUGUCAAGCUGGACGAGAUCUUCAGUUCCCAGAAGAGCUGGAGCAUCUUCUUUGGACCUAGGUGGGGAAAGAAGAGCUGGCUGUGACCUUUUCCCUGUCCUGGAGGCCCCCAGCCUUGAGCUGAAUGGCAGCACCCCCGCUGGGCCGUCUGGUGCUGACCCACCUUCUGGUAGCCCUCUUUGGCAUGGGCUCAUGGGCAGCCAUCAACGGGAUCUGGGUGGAGCUGCCUGUUGUGGUGAAAGUCCUUCCAGAGGGAUGGAGUCUCCCCUCGUACCUCUCUGUGCUCGUGGCACUGGGAAACCUGGGCCUGCUGGUGGUGACCCUGUGGAGGCGGCUGGCCCCGGGCAAGGGCGAGCGGGCCCCCAUCCAGGUGGUGCAGGCACUGAGUGUGGUGGGCACAGCCCUGCUGGCCCCACUGUGGCAAGUGGUGGCAGGACAGGUGCACUCCGUGGCCUUCCUGGCCCUGACCUUUGUGUUGGCGCUGGCCUGCUGCGCCUCCAACGUCACUUAUCUGCCCUUCCUGAGCCGCUUGCCGCCUCCCUUCUUGCGUUCCUUCUUCCUGGGUCAGGGCCUCAGUGCCCUGCUGCCCUGUGUGCUGGCCCUAGGACAGGGUGUGGGCCGCCUCGAGUGCCCGCCGGCUCCCGCCAAUGGCACCCCAGGCCCCCCCCUGGACUUCCCAGAGCGUUUUUCUGCCAGCGCCUUCUUUGGGGCCUUGACUGCCCUACUGGUCAUUUCAGCUGCCGCCUUCCAGGGCCUCCUGCUGUUGUUACCAUCACUGGCAUCUAUCCCCACAGAGGGCCCAGGGACUGGCCUGCGGGGGGGCGCCCCAGGAGUGGAGGAGGAGGAAGAGGAAGAGGCCUCGCCGCUGCAAGAGCCACCUAGUCAGGCAGCAGGCAACACCCCCAGCCCAGACCCUGCAGCCCAUCGGCUGCUCUCCGCCCGUGGUGCCUGCCUGCUGGGCCUGCUGGCCACCACCAGUGCUCUGACCAACGGCGUGUUGCCUGCCGUGCAGAGCUACUCGAGCUUGCCCUAUGGGCGCUUGGCCUACCACUUGGCCGUGGUGCUGGGAAGUGCCGCCAACCCCCUCGCCUGCUUCCUGGCCAUGGGCAUUCUAUGCAGGUCCCUGGCAGGGCUGGGUGGUCUCUCUCUGCUUGGCACACUCUUUGGGGCCUACCUGAUGGCACUGGCAAUCCUGAGCCCCUGCCCACCCCUGGUGGGCACCUCUGCAGGGGUGGUCCUUGUGGUGGUGUUGUGGGCUCUGUGUCUGGGCGUGUUCUCGUACGUGAAGGUGGCUGCCAGCUCCCUGCUGCAUGGGGGCGGCCCGCCGGCAUUGUUGGCAGCUGGCGUGGCCAUCCAGGUGGGCUCCCUGCUCGGUGCUGUCACCAUGUUCCCGCCCACCAGCAUCUACCGCGUGUUCCAGAGCAGGAAGGACUGUGUGGACCCCUGUGGACCCUGAGUCGGGGCGGGGACUUCACUCCACCCCACCCCCACCCCCGCGUCUUCGGGUUGGGGCUGCCGCAGUGCCUGUCUGCCCACGGCCCCGGGAGGCCCGGCCCACACGCGGCCAGUCCGGGACCCCUGCACACUCCACGGGAGAGCCUGGGGCACAGGGCAGGCUCAGAGCCAGGGCCCGGCCGGGGACUCUGUGCGGUUUGUACAAUAAAGCACUUGGCUUCCGUCAUUGGAUUCAA